AUGUCGAAUCCAGAUUCAGAAUCAGAACCUUUUCAAAGUUCCGAAAGUGAAUACGUCCCAACUGAAAUCGACGAACCAGGAACAAGUAGAGGAAGACGUAAAACGAAAGUACGUGUCCGCAAACAUACACAAGACAUAGAAAAUGUAAAAAGAGGGAGAAAACGUCCAAGAUGUGAAUCUAAAUGGGCCAGAAAUGUCCGGAAAAAUUUAAGAGCUAGUGGAGAAGAGUACAUCAAUACGGUUAAAAAGGUUAUGCCGAAACGAGUGAUUGGAAGAGAUUGUGCAUGUAAACGACGCUGUUUCCUAAAAGUGCCCCAACAGAUAAGGGAAUCUAUCUUGGAGACAUUUAAUAAACUAGCAGAGAGGGCGAAACAAGAUAUUUAUUUAAGUGGGCUGAUUUCGUCAAAGCAAAUAGCUCGUAAAUGUCAAAGGACCGGUGAAGGAACGCAAAAAUCUGUUUCACAUACAUAUAAGAUACGUGUUGGUUCGGAAGAACAUAAAGUUUGUAGGAAAGCUUUUAUUGCCAUUCAUGGAAUCACCAAACAUCGAGUGGAUCGCUUAGCUUCAUGUUUAAAGACAAGCAUAGUACCAUUUUCCGAUAUGAGAGGGAAACACGAAAAUCGUCCCAAUAAAAUAUCCUGCCAAACAAAAAUACAGAUAGAUACCCACAUAAAAAGUUUUCCGAGAAGAAGUUCCCACUACAGCAGAGAAAAAAAUGAUCGUAAGUACUACUUACCUUCGGAUCUAAAUAUUUCCAAAAUGCAUAAGAUGUACUUAGAGAAGUAUGAGCCAACUCUUUAUCAACGUCUUGUUAGCGGCCAACAAUGUCAACCACAGGUCACAUUUGACUUUUUUUACCGCCAUUUUACAUUGAACUAUAAUAUAAGUUUUGAGAUACCACGGUCAGACACGUGCCAAACCUGCGAUCGCUUAGUUAACCUAAUAGCUACAGAGACGGAUGUUGAAAACAAAUUAGCUCUUCAGACCAAGAAGACUGUUCAUAUUCAUAAAGCAGAAGUAUUUUAUACAAAUCUCAAAAAAAAAUCUGCACUUGCGAAGGAGAAUCCUAAUGUUGAGACCAUAUGCUUUGACUACCAACAAAAUUUGCCACUUCCGCAUAUACCGGCAGGGGAUGUUUUCUACAAAAGGCAACUGUGGGAGUAUAACUUUUGCAUUUUUUCAGCAAAAAGUGGUAUUUCCACAUUUUAUAUGUAUGACGAAGCUACAGGAAAAAAAGGUUCCAAUGAAGUAAUCAGCUUUAUAGAACAUUUUAUCCAAAUCUUCCUUCCCCCCGAAGUUACAGAUCUAUAUAUUUUCUCUGACAAUGUUUUUGCGCAAAAUAAAUACCAAACUUUGGUAAAAUAUCUAUACACCUUAAUCAACACAGAGUCAAAUAAUAUAACACAAAUGAUCCAUCAGUAUCCUGAACCAGGGCAUAGCUUCCUACCCUGCGACCGUUCUUUUGGGCUAAUAGAAAAAAAUAAACGAAGAAAGGAGAGGAUAUAUACUCCAGAAGAGUGGAGAAACCUUGUGCAAACAACAUCGAAAAAUUUCAGAGUAAUAGACGUCCAACAAGAAAUAAUCCGUAACCAUACAGAACAUUUUAAAAAACUAUUUAAAUCAUUUAUGGGAACUGGUAAGCAGAAAUAUUUGCAAUCUCAACUUACAGAGUUAUUAAAUACACAAAAAACAACAAGUUUAUUGAGUGCUCUGUUUCUGCUGUUUUCUCAAGUUUUUCUCUCAUCAAGACGAACCUACAAAGUCAGUUGUCACUACCGAGUGAAUUAG